AUGUGGACCAAUGGCGCGCGAGUUCAUGUCAAGUCCAGCUUCAUGCUGACAGGGAUGGAGAAAGCCAGAAUCGCAUCUAUGGUACGACGAGCUAUCAGCAUGCUAUCCGUGUGCUACCCAUGUGCUACCCAUGUGCUACUCAUGUGCUACCCAUCUGCUGCCCUUGUGCUGCCCAUGUGCUACCCAUGUGCUGCCCAUGUGCUGCCCAUGUGCUACCCAUGUGCUACUCAUGUGCUACCCAUGUGCUGCCCUUGUGCUGCCCAUGUGCUGCCCAUGUGCUGCCCAUGUGCUACCGUCUGCUACCUUGCAUUCACCUCCCUAACGGCGUUCCUUGCAUGGCAGGUUCGGCAUCAAGUUGAGUCACGCCAGUCAGGCGACGGUGCAGGAUCCAAGGAGGUUGAUGGGCGUGAAAGGUCGAGGGUAGUGGGUGGAGAGGAGGAGGGGAAGGGGGAAGAAGCUCGGAAGGAACAGGGAGGGGAAGUGGAUGGAAAGAGGGGCGGAGAGGAGAGGGGAGAUAAGGGGGUAGAGGAGGGGGCAAUGGAGAGGGGAGGUGAGGUGGGGAAGGAGGGGGGAAAAGGGGAGGAAGGGGACCUGCAGUUGACGCAAGCCUCUCCCUCUUCCUCUCUUUCCGCCUCUGCCUCUGCCUCUGCUACACCACCCACCGUUGUCACUCCCUCCCUGUCCCCACCAAACGUCUCUCUUCCUGCCUCUGCUUCUAGAGCCACGCCAUCGCCAUCAACGCGAGCAGCAGCCGUGGCAGCAGCAGGUCUAGCAGCAGCAUCGUCCACUCUAGCGCGGGUGGCGCAGGAGGACGGGUUUGUGGUGGAUAACGAGGCGCCUUGUAAGCGGCUAAUGUACACGUGGCAGCAACAGGGCGAUUCAGCGGCCAGCUCAGCUGUCAGUGGCGGUGGUUGUGGAGGCAAUGUCACCACCACCAACAGCAAUUGUGAUGGCAGGGGCACAAGUUGCAACGGCGACAGUGGUAUUGACAGUGGCAGUGGCAGUGGCAGUGGCAGUGCUAGUGCUAGUGCUAGUGCUGCCUCUGAGAGCAACCUUCAGAGAGACUCUCUGCGUCCUUUCCCUGGUCGGUACAGUGAUGUCAGUGGGUGGCGGAGAGGCAUGGGCAGGGGCGCGCUGGGGAGGGAGCAGGGCGAGCUUGCGGGGAGGGGGAAGGUUGGUGUGGGUAGGGCGGGGAUGAUGGGGCGGAGGGAGGGUGUGGGGCAGGGAGAGGGUGUGGGGCGGGGAGAGGGUGUGGGGAGGGGGGAGGGUGUGGGGCGGGGAGAGGGUGUGGGGAAGGGGGAGCACCUGGGGUUGCUGCUACAGCGGUGGGCAGAGGAUGACCGGUUUUGGGAGGAGGUGCGCCGACAGCGGAGGGAGGGGCAGGGAGCGCGGGGGGUCCAGCAGGGGGGACAGGGGGGCCAGCGGGUGUUGAGGAGAGGCCAGGGCGCUGGUGGCAGUGCCGGCAGUUUGAGAGCACUCGUAGGAGGCCCAGCAAGGUCGGAAGGGAGUCUGGUGGGCAGGUCGGAAGGGGGAGGAGGUGAGGAAGGAGGGGGGCUGAGAAGUGGAGGAGUGGCAAUGCCAGUGGCAGCAGCAGGGACAGCAAGUGCUGAGACAUCUGCAGUGGAUCCGGCUUUGGCAGGGGCUGAAGCAGGAGCAGGGGAGAGCAUGUCAGUAGCAGGCAGGGCAGCAGCAGCGCCAUCACCACUAGCGUCACUGCACGAGGGGCCAACCACCCCAGAAGGUUCAGCCACCCAUGGAGCGGCAGCAACGGCAGGUAUAGGGGCUGUGAUUGGGAGCGGUGAGAUGGUGAACCAGAGCGGUGAGAGGGAGUAUGGCGGCCGGUGGAGUGUCAGCAGUGGCUGGACUGGAACUGGCAGCUCAAGCAAGAGUGGCUCUUGCAGAGACUCUGGCUUUGUUAGUCGUACUGCAAGUCUCUGCAAUGGCAGUGGGAGUGCUAGGAGAAGAGGGGGGAGAGGAGGGAAUGAAGAGAAGGAAGGAAGGAAGGGGGAGGGAGGGAAGGCGGAGAGGGAGGGGGAGGGGGUGGAGAGGAGGCAGCAGGUGGGGCAGCGGAAGGGGGUGAGGAGUGUGAGGAGGCGGGCAGUGGCGGAGAAGGUGGGGGUGGUGGGGCAGGUGCAGCGCUGGAUGGAUGGGCUGGGACCUAUUGCUAAGCAUGUGCAGUGGUGGAUGGAUGGGCUGGGACCUAUUGCUAAGCGUGUGCAGCGGUGGAUGGAUGGGCUGGGACCUAUUGCUAAGCAUCGCGGUGGGGCAGGUGCAGGCAUGGAUGCAGUGCAGGCAUGGAUGCAGUGCAGGCAUGGAUGCAGUGCAGGCAUGGAUGCAGUGCAGGCAUGGAUGCAGUGCAGGCAUGGAUGCAGUGCAGCCAUGGAUGCAGUGCAGCCAUGGAUGCAGUGCAGGCAUGGAUGCAGUGCAGGCAUGGAUGCAGUGCAGGCAUGGAUGCAGUGCAGGCAUGGAUGCAGUGCAGGCAUGGAUGCAGUGCAGCCAUGGAUGCAGUGCAGGCAUGGAUGCAAUGCAGGCAUGGAUGCAGUGCAGGCAUGGAUGCAGUGCAGGCAUGGAUGCAGUGCAGGCAUGGAUGCAGUGCAGGCAUGGAUGCAAUGCAGGCAUGGAUGCAGUGCAGGCAUGGAUGCAGUGCAGGCAUGGAUGCAGUGCAGGCAUGGAUGCAGUGCAGGCAUGGAUGCAGUGCAGGCAUGGAUGCAGUGCAGGCAUGGAUGCAGUGCAGCCAUGGAUGCAGUGCAGGCAUGGAUGCAAUGCAGGCAUGGAUGCAGUGCAGGCAUGGAUGCAGUGCAGGCAUGGAUGCAGUGCAGGCAUGGAUGCAGUGCAGGCAUGGAUGCAAUGCAGGCAUGGAUGCAGUGCAGGCAUGGAUGCAGUGCAGGCAUGGAUGCAGUGCAGGCAUGGAUGCAGUGCAGGCAUGGAUGCAGUGCAGGCAUGGAUGCAGUGCAGGCAUGGAUGCAGUGCAGGCAUGGAUGCAGUGCAGGCAUGGAUGCAGUGCAGGCAUGUGAGUGGGGUGGGGCUCACAUGUGCUCGCCAUCGGAGGGGUGGUGGUGCUGGCAGCAGCAGUGGUGCUCGUGCCUUGCCCUGCCUCGUGCUCUCCCCCUCUCCCUCAAUGCCAACCCACUCAUCCCCCCCACACCUCAGGUGCUCGCCAUCGGAGGCGUGGCGGUGCUGGCAGCAGCAGUGCUCAUACCACGCCGUCCCAGGCAGCACGUUGAGGCACUGACGCCACUGCAGGUGGCGCAGCGAAUGAGGGUCUGGAUCGUGCGACCAGGAGACACCCUCUGCUCCCUCGUCCCCCGAGCCACCUUGUGCGAUCCCAACUCCGAGUUCUUCAAGCGCAACCCUGAGGUGUGCGACGUGAACAAGAUCUACUCGGGCCAAUGCCUGCUGCUGCCUUAG